AUGCAUGCAGUUGUUUGCUGUGUCAUCGCUUUGGUGCUCCUUGAUGCUGUCGUAGCUAUCAACAUUAACGUCGUCUCGAAAGCCAUCUCCGCCAUACCUGCAAAGAAUCGCGACAAUGAGUUUUAUCGCGUCAAGAUUGCGGCCACCCGCCGCUUGAGAGGGCACAUACUUGCGACAUCCAAAUCACAAAAAGAAACACUUCAAGAUGAAGAAAGGGUCAACCCAAAUUUUGGUUUGGACGCAUUGACCUUAGUAUCAGAAGCGGAGACGUUACUGGAUGGUCAUUUCGGAUUUCCCGCCCUUAGCAACGAGAUUUCAGCCAAGUUUCAGGUGGCUGGGAUUUCGGAUAAAGUCUUAGGGUCCAUCAAACAAUGGAGCGAAAACAUAGACCCCAUCCUAAGGGAGUCGGAUGAAGAAAUGGAUACGAUGGUCAAGCGAAUCAUGCAUGGGACGAUGAACUUGGCGCAGGUUGAAGAAGUGAUGAAUAGAGUUUCGUAUGAGUAUUUUGUUCUUCUGAGCGUGAUCAAGGCUCAGAAAAUCAUCGACAUACCUAAAAUACCAACCUUGCAACAAGAGGAAAUAAACCACAUCAAGAAUGGUAUUUUCUCGUUUUGGAAAGAUCGCAAAAUGAAGCCUGAAUUUAUAUCGCAACUACUUAAGCAUACGGACCCCCCUGAGGAGAACCUGGCAGAGUCGUAUGCGAGCUACUUGUCGACGAAUAAAGAAGCUCGAUCUAGGCGUUGA